GCAAGAUGAACGCGUCGUAUUAUACAUUGUGGUAGUAUAUCUGAAGAACUAAAUUCAAUGUUUUGGAUAAAAUCAUGUAUUUUGAUAUGAUAUGAAACGAUAUAUAUAUUUACUCUCAAGAAAAUGAGUAAACAUUCCUCUCUUCAUACCCUCAAGAAAAAUAGUAAGCCAUGAAAUGAGCACGCGUCGCUUCAAGACCGUCACUUGUGUGUGUGUGUGUGUUUAGUAGCCAAAACAAAGUCUACCUGUUAGUUUUCUUUCUUCUAAUGGCUUGAGGGAGAGGAAGACAUGUCCAUUAAGCAUCUGGAAUACAUAAAGGUGAAGGACUCGAAGGUGCUGGUGGUGGAGGUACGACCUGUAACAUGUCUCCUGGACACUCCCUCAGGUCCCACUCGCACUGAUAAAUGGAUGGAAUACUCGCACUGGAAGGAGCUCCACCGUCAACUGUGGAAGGUGGUGGAGGAGUAUGAGGAGCAGAGGGCUGCCCUCAAGGUGGAGUGCAACAAUCCAAAAUGUAAGACUGGUACAACACUACAGAUUGGGUACGUAUUCCGCCCUCUUCCAAAAUGCUACUGCUCCCUUUACUUCCUUACCCCGAGAAGCCAUCAGACCUGGACAGAUGAUGGGAAUGAUAGUGGAUAUCUGCAAGAUAAAGGGGGACGCUUUGAGGACCUGAUGGCUUGUGGGGAGAUGCUAGUGGUCAGUGUGACUCUUCGUGACCUGACUGGCAGCUCCUCUCAGUCAGUCCUCACUCAGAAUUCAAGUAACAGUCACCAGCAGGCAAGAGUCACUAACAAGUUGAUGAAGGCCCUUGGCAGCAAGGUAGUGCCCACUAUCUCGGAUUAUUUCAAGGCUCCUGAGGAUAAUGAGUCCUUUGCGUCAGUCCCGUCAUCCAAGAGAGUGUUAUCAAGUGGACCCAAGGAGGGAGUGUGUUCCCACUCGGUAAAGACCUCAGACAGAUUUCACAAGAAAAAUGAGAGCAGCAAAGUUAGUGAGAGUGUGGAUGGCUCCUGGUGUCACACUACUAUCAAUGCACCAACACCUUUGUGUCUCACUGAGGGUGACCAAAAUCCUCAAGGGAAGAGGAUAAGGAAGAAUCAUGAUGAACUUCAUGAUAAUAGAGUCAAAGUCAAGAAAACACUGGUGCCAAAGAAGACUACCAGAGCCUUGACAAACUUGAAGCAAACUUCAUUGUUGGACUUCAAGAAAAAUCCUUGUACAGAUUUGUCAAACUCAGCAUCAGAGCAGAGAAAUGUCUUUGUGCUUGCAGAAGGGAAUGUGGCGGAUAAAAAAGUGCAUGUACAUGGAAACUUUAAUAAGAACUGCAAAACAUCAAAGGGUGAGAAAACAAAGGAAAAUUUUGGAAGGCCAUCAUGGAAAAAAUCUUUCUUCAGUGUGAGCAGCUCAGAUUCAGAGAGUGAUGGUAACAAUGAAGUCAGGUUUUCUGAAGGUGAUACUUCAAGAGACUUCUUUUUAGAGUCUCCAAAGGAGAAUGUUGAAUGUGAGGCACAAAACAUGAAUAUGUUAAGCUGCAGUGAAGAGUUUGUCUCUGCUGAAAAGAACAAACUGAAUAAUGUCUUUUUCAUUGGUGAUGUGUCUCAGAGGAAGGAAGCAGAUGAUGUAGGAGGCUCUGUCUCUCCACAAACAGAUCCUUUGGGUUCCUUAGCCUUGGUAGACGUUGCUGGGAAUGUCAAAGAGAACACAGUGAGAAAUGUUGAUGAUUAUGAACAAUACAAGCUUAUGGAUGCAUUAUCAUUCUUAGUAUCAAGAGGCAGCUCACAAAAUGCAACAAAACCACUAUCAUGUAAUUACACAUCGCCAAACGUUGCAUUGCAGAAAAACCCUGACACAGAUCCAUGUUUCAGUGGGUUUUGUAAAGCAGAAACUGAUGCUGAAGAUGAAUCAUUCUAUGAAAAUGAUAUGGAAUAUAAACAAAAUUAUACAAGGAAAAAGAGAGAAAGAUGCUCAUCAGGUUUGAGAUACACUGCUGGGAACAUUCAGUGUGCCUCAGAUGGAAAAAAUGACUUGUUUUUGUUUAGGGUUACUAAACAGGAGCAUGUAGAAUUAGAUCACAAUUCACAUGAUUAUUUACAUUCAUCUAAGGAAAAUGAACAUGAUGUGCUGAAUAGAAUGCAACAGAAUCAGGAUGGAGGGAUGUGUUCCAGCUGUGAAGAACACAGUAGAAAUGAGGAAUCACAUGAAGACUAUAGAAUAUUUGAUGCAGCAAGAAGAAAGGUGCAUUCUCCAUACCAGGACAAGACUACAACAAAGAUGCCAAAGAUCUCAUCACAGAAAAGGUUACUGUCACUUGUGAGUAGCCAUGAAAAGUCUGUUCACAUAAAGACUGAAGUGGAUGACACUGCAGAUCUGUUGACUUUAUCCAACUGUGCAGACAUUCAGUCAAACAGGUUAGGAGAGGAACCAUCACGAGUGUCAGUGUGUGAUGAAUAUGCUAAUUGUGAAGUAAACCUUGAAAAAACAUGUCUGUCAAAGGUCACUGUGAAAUCUGUGAAAUCCUGCAGGCAGAUCACUUGCCAAACUUGUGAUGAAGAACACAGUGACUUGGAGGCACCAGUUCCAGGGUGCCAAAACACUAGUCAGCCUGGAAAGAAGCAUAGCAAAGAAAAGGUAAAGCUUAGAAAUCAUAGGAAUGUGAAUUUAAAAACCAGUCCUGAUGUAAAAUAUUUUUCAACGGACAUCAAAUAUCCAUCACAAACAGAAGAGUCUUUACAUUCAGCUGGAGGCAAUACAAUGGAAGGAAAUGAACAAAUUUACCCAACACAGAAUGUUUUCCUUCAUGCUGAGGAGCAGAGACAAAAACUCCAGAGUAAUAGGGUAGCAAGUUCAGUAGAAUAUGUUCCAUCUAGCAUGGAAUAUCUAUCAGAAACAAAGAAAUCUUCAUAUUCAUCUAAAGAUUCUAUGGUAACAGUAAAUGAAGAAGCUUACUGUGCACAAAUGUAUGAAAAUGAAAGUUUCUUCUCAUCAGAGGAGAGGAUAGAACACACGGCUGGAAGACAAAUGGCAGGAUAUCAGAACUCCCUGAGCCAUGGUUUGGAUGGUAAGGACACAUUUGAGGCUUGGUGUAGGUCUCGGGAUGUCAAUAGUUCGCCGCAGCUGUUGUCCAAUGAAUUAUUACUGGAGAAUAGCUGUGAAGAAUCCUUGUUUGUAAAUGUAGAAACUUCGAGUUCAAAUGAUUGUGAAUCCCCAAGGCAGAUGUGCAAUGAGUCUCCAGUAAUGAGGGAGGAACCUUCACAACACAGUGUCUUUCAUGAUACUCAUAAAGAUCCUUUAUGUACUUCUCCCCAAAAAGAUUCAGAGAAAAAGAGUUUGGUAGAAAUUUUGAGAAACUUGAAAUAUUUGCAUAAUAGACGCAAGGAAUAUCAUGUAGGAUUGACUUCAGAGAGUGAAGUCAGCAAACAAUUUUUUACUGACUCUCCGGCAGCACAUGAUACUGCAUUAUAUUUCAGCUCGAGGUCAGAUACAGAGGAUAAUUUGGAGCAGGAGAAUCACUGGUCUGAAUCACGGACAGGCUGCUCCAUUCCACAACGACAUCAAACGCAUACAAAGAAACAAAAAGAUGCUCACAAAACUUUGUGUGAUAAAGUAAAAGAUGCAAACAAAAUAGGAAAGAAAAAGAAAGAGCAAUCAAAUAUCUCAUCUUUCUUGAACAGAAACAAAAGAGUAUGUUCCAUUGGUCUUUGUGAUACGAGCAAUCAAGGAGCACAAGCCAAAAAUAUAAUGGGGCAAUUUUCUCAGGAUGAUAGAUGUGAAGCAGGAUUGGAUGCUUCAAAUGAAGAAUAUGUCCCUGAGGAAGUUUGCACUGAUGGAAUGAAGAAAGUCAAUUGGGAAUCCUCCUCUUCUGAUGCCCCAACAAGCUCCAUUUAUCCUUUUGAAGCAAAUGAGCAGCUCCUCUUGAGCAAGAACUCCAAGAUACUGGCAAGAGAUUCAGAUGAGUCAGGUCAUUCUGUAGAUCAGAUGGAAGAAAAUUGUGUUGAAUCUUCCACAAGAUACACUGGCUCUGUAUCAUCUGAAACCAACCAUGUGUCAGAUUGUGUUUCUCCAGAGGAUUUAAAUUUAAAUUCUUUGGAGGAUGAGCAAGAAGGGAACCUGAGGAGAAGUACAAGAAUAAAGAGAAGAUCUCAUGUGAUGGAAUUGUUUCCUGAUUGUAAUUCAGAGUCAGAAUGUCACAGUAAAGAUGGCAAUUCUUCUCCACAUGCCAAGAAAUUGAAACAAAAUGAAAACAAGUUAAAGUACAAACAAAAUAAAGGUGUUCUAAAACAGAAAAAAAUUGAGAAAUUCUUUAAAGUAAAGACUCCAGUGAAAAAAAGCAAAGUAGCAGUGCAGUCUAAGAAUCCUUGCAAGAAAAACAAGUGUGACAGAGAUGAGAAUGGAAGUGAGGAUGAUACCAGUAGGGCACACUUGCCUGUCAAGAAGAAAAAAGAUCAACAUUCUUAUAAGACCCAGAAAGAGGUCUCAAAACCUUCCACUAGCAAAGCCUCCUGCAGUAAAGCCACAGAGACCAGCAAGACUCAGGGCGGGCAGGAUAAAACUGACAUGAGCUACUAUAAUGAACUAUGGAACUUCUCCCUCGGUGAAAAGAAUGACAAGGAGGACAAGCAAACCAACAACACCAAGAAACAGAAAAACAAGAAAUCCUCAGUUAAGAAAUGUCAGAAGGAGAAGCAAAAGAAAAAAGACGCCAAGCAAAAACAAUCUAAAUCCGAUACAAAAGAACCUACUUCUGAACCUAUUGAUGAUGACUUUUAUCUGAAGAUCCAGGCUGAAGUGGAGCAGCUGAAUGCCAUUGCCUCGAGGGAUGUGGAUGAUGUGCCAAUGGUGGACGGGAUGAGGAACGGAAAGUCUUGCGAGGAAGAGUGUCAGAUCACAGAUGUGGUGGAAGGCACUAAGCGCAGCCUGGACUCUCUAAGGAAGAGCUAUAAGAAGCUACGAAAUAUGACGGACAGUGAUCUUGAACAGCGGAUGGAAGAGAACUUAUCUUACCUGGAGAAUGUAAUCCGGGGAGUUCUGCCCAAUGAGAGACAUCAGUGGUUUAAAGAAAGUGAUCCUGAGUUGACGCUACAGCAAGACUACCUCAUCUAUGGCCCUUUCUCAUCGGACCAGUCACUGUUUGUACUGGAACUGCUCAAGAAGAAACUCAGCCACAUGGACAAACUGAUUGGCAAUUCCUUUGAUGUGCCCGUGUAUCGUUGCCGCGUUUUGGUGCCGAUCUUCUUCACCAAGAUCGUCAUGGACAACGAGAACGUCUCCUUGGAUGAGGCGUACAGUCUCCUGGCCAAGUUCAGUCUCAACAAGAAUAUUACAGAAGAUCUUGAACAUUCUGAGUCAAGAAAGUUUUAAAAUUAGAAUGUUGAUAGCUGCUUAAAAAAGUAACGUGUUUGGGAAGCAAGAAUGUGGUGCAUUGUCUGGCAAGAAGUGAGAUCUGGCUACUACUGUGUUUGUUGUGGUUUGAACAAAGCUGUUUUAUAUUUGGCAUCUCAGACUAAUAGGUAUUUUUCAUAAUGAUGGUUUGAUGGCUUUUUUUUUUUUUAUCAUUUAUUAUGCAUUUUUCCAAAGGUAUAAAAAAUGAUUACUUGUUUAUGUGGGUUAGUGUUUGAUCUAGAUAUUUGGCUGUCCAAAAUCUAUUUGCCAUGUUUUCUUUACCUGACAAUAUAUUUCACCUGAAACUUUUUAGAUUGUUUUUUAUUCUAGUCUUAAAAUGUUUCUGAAGGCUGCAAACAAAAUGAAUCUACUUUUCUCAUAUUUUGUGCAUCUAUGCAAACUCCUUUUCUUUUUUUCUGAUGCUAUGAAUGCAACCAAAGGAUGACUGCAGCAGCAAAAGAAUUAACUGCAUCACUGAGGAGAGGUUAAUAUUUAUUUACUUAUUCAUAUCAAGCAUCUGCUCCUCAGUACUUCCACAUGUCAUGGUGGUGACUGAUGGAUCUACUUAUUCCUCUCCUGUCAUCUAAUCCUCUUCAUUCACCUUUCAUCUAUGUCUUGCAUGCACUCCAGCACUCUUCAAUUUCAGUGGUCAUCAUCCUCUUGCAUUCCUUUCAUAUUGAUUUAAUCUUAUAAGUCUGAUAUUGUUAUUCAGUUCACUUGACUUACUCAGCCUGUUCUGAUUGUAUUCCUUUAUCUUUACUGGACACAAAAUCUACCCUGUCUUUUUCAUUUCUGUUACUUUCACUGUCCAUUCAGACACCACACACAUUCCUCAGGUAACUCACCUCCACUCGUGUUUGUGAUGACAGCUGGUGCCUGUGUCCUGUACAUUAGAUAACUGAAUUGGACGAAUCAUUGCCUUAAGUGAAUGUUUAGUCUCUCCAGUCCAUUGAAAUUCAGGAGUUGGUUGCUUGCCAUAUGUGUGAGAGAGAGAGAGAGAGAGAGACAGUGUGUGUGUGUGUGUGUGUGUGUGUGUGCGCAUGCACACCUUGACUUGGGAAAUAGGCUUAUUAAUAGCUUACUUUCACACACACACACACACCUGUGGGAUUUUUCAGCACAGUGAGUCAGUUUGUGCUUCCUGUUACCACGGUGACGAGGCAUUUGGUAUGUGAGGUUUGGGUCUUAUCCAGUGACAGUGAUCAAUAAUAAUGAGUUCUGAGCUUGCACUAAAAAGGUAAUUAUUGGUGGUGUUAUAGGUGGCAGUCCAUUUGUAAUUUGUGGCUCUGGUAUUUCGUAGUGAGGACUGCAAUGUCUUACACUGUUGGCUAUGAUACAUGAUGCAGUUACUGACUAGAUUAUUGCAAUACAUGUAGGGAAGUACACCCUUUAACCUUUUUCAGUACCAUGAUGCAUUUCCAUAUUCAUUCUGCUAACUAUUUGGUGAUUUUAUACAGCUUCAGAAACUUACGUGGAGGAUUAGAAUAAGGAAGUCUUUUUUUAUCUUCUGACCCUUCCCCCAUAGACACUUGCCAAGGUCAACAAAAUGGUGAAAUCAUACACAAAACUCUUGGAAAAAAUGCAUCUCAGUGCUGAAAAGGUUCAGAUGUGUGGCUCUUAAAGGUGCAGCUUUGUGGACUGCCCUCUUUGCUCUCACCCUAGUCUGAUUCCUCUGCAGUCUCAACCCACUUAAAUUUAACCUCACUUGAGUCAGGCAGCAGGUGAAUCUUCCCACUUAACUUUGCCACCACUCAACUCUGACUCCAUCUAAAUUUUGCUCCAACCAAACCUUUCUCCACCUGAAUCUGCCGCUGCACAGAGGAGAAUUGCACUAAAGCACGAAUAAGUUGGAGUGUUCAGUGACAGUAAUUCUAGUAUGCAGUGACGGGGGUUCAGCCAAUUCACACCUAUUUGUAAUAUAAUGUUUUUGGAAUUCAGUUAAUCUUGAGAAAUUAUUGUUAGGUAAAAUCAGGGGUUAUUUUAUUUCCCCAUGGACAAUUUUUACUUAUAACUUAUCUUGGUAGACCCCUCAGAGAUCUGCUACUGGCUUGUGAUAUUAAGAAAACAACUAAAACCAAUGAUCCUCUGUAAUCUAUUUUGUGUUUUGUCAAUAAUUACCACUAAGCUACAAAGCCACAUGGCACAGUUGUAAUUGUUCACAGUGGUAGCGAAAGAAACAAUUCUCGAAAUUUCUUAAUACCACUGCUGGUCAUGUAUAUGGCCACCCUAGCCUGAUCAGAGUGGCAAGAGACAGGUAUGACAUGAUCUUGCCACACUGCACAUACACCAAUCCUCACACACAGUAUACCAACAUUCCCAUUGACUUGCAUUUAGAAGUUGAGUCUCCUUUUGUAGUAAAUUUCUUCUAUUUGUGUUUCCUUCUUCUUGGAGUCCUGUGAUCUGACUUACAUCUGUUCAUCACCAGCAGAUCAAAGUGCUUCAGGUUGCAGGAAAAUGGUAAUCAUGGAGGGGAAGGAUAGUGAGCUGUUUACAGACAGUUAUCUGAUUUUACAAAUAUAUAAGGUGAGUGGAAAAUAUGUGGUUAGCCUCUUCAGCACCAUAAUGCAUUUUCAUAUUUAUUCUCCUUACUAUUUAGUGACUUUAUACAGUUUUAAGAACUUGCAUGAGAGUUAGAAUAGUGAAGACUCUAUCCAUUAAACUUACCUACAUAAAGACUUCAUAAUGUAAAUAGAAUCAUGUCUUCAUACCCAAAACUCAAGAGAACAAUGUGUCCCAGUACUGAAGGGCUUACGAUGAAAGGGUACAAAUUUGUGAAGUUAUGAAAAUUACCAUUCUUUGGAUGCACGGUGAUGGAAAAAUUGACACAUCAGAAUUUAUAUUUUUGAUAUAUUUUUAUAAUCACUAUAUUCUGUAUUCAUAUGUUUUUGGCUAAAUGUGUGUAAAUAUGAUUUAUGAUAAUAUGUAAUGAUGGUGUUUUUUUUGUAUCUUCAGAAUGCAAUAAAUGGUCAACAUUGUA